UCUCCUCUUUGAAGUUCUCUACAGAGACCUGGCAUUACUUGCACCACCAUAUCUUCAGCACUCUCUGUAACCUCUAUAAACCUCCAAAGCUUCAACCUUUCUGGUGAAAUCUCAUCUUUAGUGUGCGAGCUUCUCAAUAUGUCCCUGCUGAACCUUGGUCAGAAUCUCUUCAACCAGCCCAUUCCUCUCCAUCUCUCGCAGUGCACUUCUCUGGAGACUUUGAAUCUCAGCAACAAUCUCAUCUGGGGAUCUAUCCCAAGUCAGAUAUCCCAGUUUGGUUCCUUGAGAGUUCUCGACUUGAGCAAAAACCAUGUUGAGGGAAACAUCCCAGAAGGCUUAGCCUCACUCAGCAAUCUCCAAGUUCUCAACUUGGGAAGCAACUUGAUAUCAGGUAAUGUGCCUUCUAUAUUUGGAAAUUUGAGUGAGUUAGUUGUGCUUGAUAUGUCUCAGAAUUCAUACUUGCUGAGUGAGAUUCCAGCUAAUAUUGGGAAGCUUGUUAAGCUUGAGAAGUUAUUCUUGCAAAGCUCAAGUUUCCAUGGUGAAAGUCCUGAUUCUUUGAUGAAUAAUGACCGGGAACAAGAAGAAGAUAUUGUUGGAAGUGCACAAGUAUCUAGUUCAAGUUCAAGAAAAGAGCGAAAGAGAAAAUCUCGUUGUUGGCUAUCCUUCACAAGAUUGGAUGUGGGUGUGGAUGGAGAACAACGUGCAGUGUGCAAUAAGUGUGGAGUCGACUAUUAGUG